AUGUUUUUUUAGACUACGGCUAGGUGACGCAAGCUACCACCCACUACAAAGGUAACAUCCAACGAUUUAUCUAUCCUGAAAAUGAAGCCUAUGAUCUCUAGCAGUCUCUAGCAUCUAAUGAAGCGCAGCGCAGGCGCAGCGUGAGCGGCGUGAGCACGAGGUAAAUGAGGCAGGUGCAGGGGCAACGUUUAGGAGGGGGUACAGUAGGUACUGCAUACAAUGACUAAGUUUUCAGCUUCUCCUUUGAAUCCUGCGACGAUGAACGUGUUUACGUCGCACUUCAACCCGAUCACGGGAAGAAACGAGUGGGAACUCCGUCCAGAGGAGUACGAUUACCACCAAGAAAUCGCGAGGAGCUCCUUUGCUGAUAUGUUGCACGACUGGGAAAGAAACUCCAAGUACCACUCGGCCUUGCGAGAGGCGAUGGACAACGUAAGGAACCGUGGCGAACGCGUGAAAGUGUUGGACAUCGGCACCGGAUCCGGUCUCCUCGCUAUGAUGGCAGCAAAUUACGGGGCUUACAGCGUGCACGCUUGCGAGGCUUUUGCCCCGGUGGCGCAACGAGCCAGGCAGGUGAUCAAGGACAACGGUUUCGGUGACAAAAUAUGCCUCAUCUCGAAACGAUCAACCGACAUCGAGGUUGGCCCAGGAAAAGACAUGCCUGAGAAAGCAAACAUCCUGGUGACCGAAGUUUUUGACACCGAGCUGAUAGGGGAAGGAGCCAUUGAAACAUUCACUCACGCGCUUCGAGAACUUUUAGAGCCAGAUGCCCUUGUGGUCCCUCAUGCUGCCACGAUUUAUGCCCAAGCUGUCCAUUCGCCUUUUCUGAGAAGUUUCCACACAGUCGGUGCCGUCUCGGUGACCGGAGAGCAGACUGUCUUAGUACCAAAAGGAGUCCAGGACUGUGCUGGAGUGCCCGCAGUGCAUGACCUACAGCUCAGCCAGCUGGAAGAAUCGGACUUCAUCCCACUCACACCACCCCUGCCAGUGUUCAGGUUCAACUUCACAGACCCUUUGACGCUGGCACCAAAAGCACAUACCGUUGUUGAAACUACAGCAGCGGAAAGUGGCACCUGCCAUGCCAUACUAAUGUGGUGGAAACUAGACAUGGACCCAGGAGCCAAAAUUGAGCUCAGUUGUGCACCUUACUGGGCCCAUUCGUCUGGAAAAAGCGCCCCUUGGAGAGACCAUUGGAUGCAAGGAGUCUACUAUCCACCCAAAACGAUACAAGUUGAAACUGGACAGCAGUUUCAGCUCCUGGCAUGUAGGGACCAGUACAGCCUGUGGUUCUCUGUGUCUCAUUGCAGGAAAGCCCCCGAGCCUGCGGAGAGUCCCUUGUGCAACUGUGGCCUGCACAUGUCGCUCAGUCGCACCAGAAUCGGGAUGCUCAACGACGACACCAGAAACAGGGCUUAUGCUUCAGUACUCCAAAAGGUUGUGACUAAAGAGUCUGUCUGCCUCUGUUUGGGCACUGGAAGCCUCAUCCCUUUCAUGGCUGCAAAGUUAGGUGCAAAGAAAGUUUACGUGAUUGAAGGGGAUACCAUUUUGCAUGCACUGGUGACCGAGUACAUGACCUGCAACCAAUUACAAGGAGUUAGCGUCUUGGAAAAGGAGCCUCUCCAUCUCGCAGAGGAUGACUUGGAUGAACGGGCCAACUUGCUUCUGAGCGAGCCUUUCUUCAGCACAAGCCUCCUGCCCUGGCACAACCUGCAGUUCUGGUUCCUGCGGCCUGAGAUUGAGCAUUUACUGACCCCUGGAGCCAUCACUCUGCCGGGCACUGCAGUCUUCUAUGGACUGGCUGUGGAAUUCGAACACCUCUGGAAGAUCAGAGCACCUGUCAGAGAGGCAGAAGGCUUUGACCUCUCUGCAUUUGAUGAGCUCAUACAGAAUGCACAGGCCGUGAGCGAUGAGAUGGUGGAACCACAGCCUCUCUGGGAAUACCCCUGCACUGCCAUGACGCAUCCGUUCCACAUUGCAACAGUCAACCUGGCAUCGAAUCUAAAAUCUGCUGCAACAUCGGGCCAUGUUUGCUUUGAGAGUACUGGGAACUGCAAUGGUGUUGCCCUGUGGAUGGACUUUGUUUUUGACGAAGACAACACGGUAACCACUGGACCAACCAAGAAAGUUGUCCUGGGAAAAAAGGUCACCUGGGAUCGCUUCUCAAGGCAGGGGGUCUACCUAUUCGACAAAAGAAGUCUGCAACAUUGCAAAGACAGUGGAACCAUCCUCAAGUGGACGUUUGAAUUGGAUCAGCAAAGUGGUUCUGUGCAGUACACAUUUAAAAUUGAGCCUGUUGCUACAUGACUCAAUAAAACCUUGCAGAGUGUAAACCAAAAGCCGAUUGGUGCAAAUGAAUAAACUUGCGCAGAAUCCCUUC